CUUCCGUUUCAAACCUCUGAGAGAAUCUUAUGCCAACCAGAGAGGCCUCUUCCUGCAACUGCAGCUGCAGCUUCUUCUGCCCUUCUUAAAAGGAAACUCUUUAGAAUAUUAAACUCAACAAAAUAACUCUCUUCUCCUCUUUCUUCCACCACCCACAAAAAUCACUCUAUCUUACGAAGAAGCAUUAGCUGAGUUCUUUGACAAUUUGAAAUCCAUUUUUCUUGGACGACCCUGUAUUUAUUUUCUUCAAAUUUACCCAGAAACGGAAUAAUCAAAGCAGAAACUUCGAGAAGCGUUGGUGAAGCGAUGCUGAUGAAGGAAAGGGACGAGGAGCUCGCUCUGUUCCUUGAGAUGCGGAGGAGGGAGAAAGAGAAUGAGAAAAACAAUCUUCUCCUUCUUCAGAACUCCGAUGAGCUCGAUGGAUCUAAUCUGGAAUCUAAUGGGGUCAGUUCUCCCAUUUCUAAGAUGGUAACUUCGGCGGUGCCGCGGAAAGCGGGUGCUGAUGAGUUUCUAGAUUCAGAGAAUGAGAAGUCUGAUUAUGAUUGGCUUCUGACGCCCCCUGAUACCCCGCUUUUCCCUGCAUUGGACAAGGAGUCACAGAUAUCAGUGAAGAGUGAAAGGGAAAACUCUACUGCUCGUUCAACAGCUUUAAAACCUCGGCCAGCUAAUGUUCAAUUGGAACCUGCUUCAAAAAACAAUUUAAGCUCCAAGCAUCAUGCAGCAGCAAUGCCUGGCUUUACUUCUUCCACUACUGCUAAUAAUAGGAAAACAUCGUCAGCUGGGGGUACAACCUCAGCCACUUCCAGAUCUGUGACACCAUCCGGAAGGCCAACAUUACCUUCAACAACCAGAAAUUCUAGGCCUUCUACGCCUACAUCCCGCGCCACAGUGACUACUGCUAAGCCUGUAGCUCCACCUCCGAGAUCAUCCACUCCUACUGGCACUAGGGCCACUGUUCCACCUGUGAGAUCAUCCACUCCUACUGGCACUAGGGCCACUGUUCCACCUGUGAGAUCAUCCACUCCUACUGGCACUAGGGCCACUGCUCCACCUGUGAGAUCAUCCACUCCUACUGGCACUAGGGCCACUGCUCCACCUGUGAGAUCAUCCACUCCUACUGGCACUAGGGCCACUGCUCGUGCCUCAACACCGACUUCCAGACCUUCUUUAACAGCUCCUAAAACUACUCGAAGAUCAUCAACUCCAACUCUUCGAUCUUCAACACCAUCAAAUGCAAAUGGAGUGUCUGCACCUGCCUCUCGAUCUUCAUCAGCAUCAAAAGCACGCCCAGCACAAGCAAAAAAUCCAGUGCAAUCACGUGGAAGUUCUCCAUCUGCAAAAUCUAGGCCUUGGGAACCAUCACAAAUGCCUGGGUUCUCACUCGACGCUCCUCCAAAUUUGAAGACAUCAUUGCCAGAAAGACCAACUUCAGUCUCUAGGACUAGGCCUGGGCCACCUAAUUCUAGAACAUCUUCCCUUGAGGCCGCAGGUAGUAUUGAUGGAAAAUCGAAAAGACAGUCAGUCACACCUUCCAGAGGAAGGGCUUCAACAGGUGUUGCUCAAAGUAAUCAUAGUUCGACUCAAGCUCUGAAUAGAUCUCGUUUUAUUGAUGGUGAUAAUGAUAGCCCAGUCGUAGUCGGGAGUAAAAUGGUUGAAAGAGUUGUAAACAUGAGAAAAUUGGGACCACCAAAGCAUGAAGAUCGUCAUUCUGCUCAUAGUAGUUCCGGCAAGUCUUCAUUGUCUGAAAGCUCAGGAUUCGGAAGAACACUUUCUAAGAAGUCCUUAGAUAUGGCAAUGAGGCAUAUGGACAUUAGGCGAAGCAUUAAGGGGAGCCUGAAGCCACUUGUGACAAACAUUCCGGCUUCCUCUAUGUACAGUGUGAGAUCAACUGGUUCAUCAAAUAGCAGGACAAUGAAUGUUUCUGAUUCUCCUCUUGCCACUAGCAGCACUGCCAGUUCUGAACCAAGUGUAAACUUCAAUUCCAUCUCUUAUGAUGGAAGUGAGAUUGAAGAAAAUGAUCUGGCAAGUGAUAGGGGAAACUCUUCGCCUGUUAGUCAUCACAGCAGGUGAUCCAUAGAUGGAACCACAAGUCCAGUUGUAUAUGGUAGUAAAGCUAGCAGAUAGAGAGAGAUUCAAAUGCCAAUGAAGCACUGAUACUUCAAAGAUGGGUUCGUGUUAUUUCUGACUCACUCAUCAGAGAUGAUAUGAAACUCUUGCAGCUUGACACAAUAUCUUU